AUGGAAAAACGAGUUCAAACACGUCUUGCUUCUUUCACCGUUGGAGAAGAUUGCGAUCAAACAACGGGAAUAGGGGAACGAGACGGUGACAAUGUGUGCAUGUAUGACGACUCCAUUGACUGCGGGAAUGCAAUGGUCGCUGGCUCGCAGAGUGCUCCAAACUCUCCAUCCCCAUCACUCAAUCUCAUCCUAACCUCCAAACUUUGA